GGUAUAUGGCUGCUGAUUUUGCCGAUGAGGAAUUUGUUAAACAAGACGAGAACGAUUAUGAUAUUAUAAUUAUAGGAGCAGGUUUAUCUGGCCUUACAUGCGCGUAUCAUAUUUUGAAAAAACAAAUUGGGUUAGAUGUAUUAAUCAUCGAGGCAAAUAGUGAAGUAGGAGGUCGUAUAUUACAGAGUAGCUUUAACAAUACCUAUCACGCUAAUUCUUUGCAAAAGCAUGUAACUGAUCUAGUGACAAAGUUAAAUAUAAACAUUGAUCGAGUAUCUAAUGCCGAGACGAGACAAAGAAUAGUGUACGCGAAUAAUGCAGCUUUACAAAUCUUGCCUAAAUUCUAUGGAGCUGAGGUUUACAAUUUUUUUCAGAGGAUCGAAGAGAAUGCAUUAAACCUUGAAUUUUGUAAUUAUGCGGGGUACGAAGAAGCGAAGUAUCUUGCUGAAACAAGCGUUGAACAAUUACUACGUAAAAUCGUUUAUUUCUCGUAUGCACGGUCACUAUGUCGAGCAUAUAUUUGCAGUACAUGCGCUGUGCGAAAUCUCAACGACAUCUCAGCACUUUGGUUCCUUGUCAUGCUGAAUGGAGCAUCGGGUCUUGUAAAUCGAUUAAAAAUCAUGAUUGGUGACAGUAAUCGCUAUUUCGUACAAGACGGUAUGUCUAAGAUUACACAAACAUUGUUGAAAUAUAUUUUACAACAGGACGGGGAAAUAAGAUAUGUAGAGCCAGUUAAUAAGGUUACGCUUAAUGAUGAUCGAGCUUAUGUAUCGACGGAGAAAAAUUACUUCAGAUGCGAAUUAGUAGUCGUAGCAGUGCCUCCAUCGGUGCAGAACACUAUCAUUAUCGAACCGUCUGUCUCUCCGACAAAUAUUGAAACAUUGUACGCACCAGCUGAAAAUGUGUUUUUCAACUUGGUUUACAAGAAACCGUCCUCAAGUUCUAAUUCCGUGAGAGACAUCGUAACCACUUGGGACUCCAGUAAUAAUUUAAACAUCAUUUACGACGCAACUCAUGGUAACACGAAAGAACUUGUGCUCGCCGGUUUUCUUGCCGAACCUAAUCUUACGCAGGCGCACAAGAAAGGGCUACUUGCCACGUUGUAUGAUUGUUACGAAACUUUCGAACCAUCAACAAUCUUACGAUACAAAGAGUACGACCAAUCACUGAUAAGCGAUGAAAUAAAUCCCGGUUGCCCUAUGAGUGUUUUGAAACCCGUCUCCAUUAUGAAUUUCACCAAUCAUACAGAAGCUUCUUAUGAAAGAAUUUUCUUCGCUUCGAGCGAAUACGCUGCCAAUUGGCCAGGAACGAUUGAUGGUGCGAUUCAAGUUGGUGAAAACACCGCUUACGAAAUUUUAUGGCGAAUCAGGCCUCAAGCACUUUCUUUCUCUGAAAUGUCUAAUAUUGAGAACUCCAUCAUCAAUUUCGAGUUCGAUAAUACUCGGUCAAAUCCCAGAAGAGGUACUCCGUGUUUGGUGUCAGUUACCAGAAGCAAUACGUUUAGAUCCUAGUCUGGCUGUUUUUCAGAGGGAAUAUGAUCGAGUUGUUCAAAUUGCGGAAGGAAGAAAACAAAAUAAAAAUGAUGAUGAGGAUAAACAAGAUACAUCUAUUACACAAGAGACCCAGGAAACGAAACAAAGGCUUAUUUAUCGUUACAUCAAAUUAAUUUUAUUAUGUUGCUUCUGGCUAAUAUUUACCAUUACAAAAUGUUCGGUGAAGUUUCUGAUAAACAUGUCAAUUUAAUGGUAGAAGGAUCAUUACUUCCACCAAUAAAACCAAAAAAGUAUGAAAAUGUAUCUGAUAAAUAUUUAAUGAUAUGGUUAGAACUAUUAGUUAAUGGGGCUAAUAAUACUAAACAAUUUUCAUUUAGAUCUGAACAAAUUAAGAAUAUAACUGAUAUAUGGGUUUUACCAAUACUUCCGGAAAAUCUGAUAGAUAUUUUUCCUGGACAAAGGCAUCAAAAAAGUUUUAAUUUAAAUAUCAAUAAAGAUACUUUAGAAAACGCCAACGUAAUAAUUAAAUUAAAAACAAAUCUCGAAUCUAGUUUUGCUAUAUCUAUUAGUUAUGAUAUAUCGUCAGUGAACAAAGAUGAUGGCAUAGUGUAUGCUGCGAUAAUUUUAUUUGGAUUAUAUAUACUUAUAAUAUUCGAGAGACCAACUAUGAAUGAAUUAAUGUCUUGGAUAGAUGUCGAUACAUUACUAUUAUUAUUCUCAAUGAUGAUACUUGUCGGUAUAAUCGCUGAAACUGGUAUAUUUGACUGGCUAGCAGUCUAUGCUUAUAAGAUAAUGUUACAACAGUACUGUUAAUGACACCGGUAACUAUCAGAUUAUGCGAAGUAAUGGAAAUAAAUCCGGUACCAAUAUUGACUGCCAUGGUGAUUUAUUCUAAUAUCGGGGGUGCUCUGACGCCAGUAGGAGAUCCACCCAAUGGUAUCGAUUUUAGUACAUUCACGAUACAUAUGAGCAUUGGUGUUGUACUGGUAAUAUUUAUAGUCUUCGCUCAGUUGAAAUUUAUCUUUCGAGACAUAAAAGUUCUUAAAUUCGCCGAGCCACCAGAUGUACAGGAAUUAAGGCAUGAAAUUGCCAUUUGGCAACGAGCUGCGGCAAGUUUGUCGAGUUAUAGCAAAGACGAAAAUGUAGUGAGAGAAACUUUGCUAAAAAAAGUUCAACGAUUACUCUCUCUAUUAAAAAAGAAGCUAAUGACAGGCAGUGUCACGUUCGAAAGAUAUAAAACUACGCUCGAGGAACUUCAAGAAAAAUAUCCUAUUCGAGACAAAUGGUUAUUAGUGAAGUCUGGAUUCACGUUAAUCUUUGUGAUCGCGCUAUUCUUUCUACAUAGUUUUCCAAAUCUGCAUUUAUCACUGGGUUGGACAGCUUUAUUAGGUGUUCUUUUACUGUUAAUUUUAGCUGAUAGCGAAGAUCUGGAUGGUCUCAUGGCGCGUGUAGAAUGGAGCACUUUAUUGUUUUUCGCUUCGUUGUUUAUUCUCAUGGAGGCUUUAUCACGUUUGGGUUUAAUCGCUUGGAUAGGAAAACAAACGGAAAAAAUAAUCCUGUCUGUGAACGAGGAGUCGCGAUUAGCAGUAGCGAUAUUACUGCUUCUAUGGGUGUCGGCAUUCGCAAGUGCAUUUGUGGAUAAUGUGCCUUUGUCAACCAUGAUGAUAAGAAUCGUUACUGCUUUAGCACAAAAUAAUGAACUGAAACUACCGUUGCAGCCUUUGGUAUGGGCUUUAGCUUUCGGCGCUUGUAUGGGAGUUGAAUGGAUGGAUCUAUUUGCAGGAAAUGGAACUUUGAUUGGAGCUACUGCUAACGUAGUUUGCGUAGGAGUUGCGGAGCAACAUGGAUAUAAAAUCUCUUUUAUACAAUUUUUCAAGUAAGUGUACUUCUAUACAGUUUCUAUUUAAAUGAAGGAGAAAUUUAAUUUAAAUUUAAUCAUUUUUAAUGAAGACUAUUUAAAGUGAAAUUAUUAAUGCACAUUCUCGAUUUUAAAUAAAAUACAAUUCAAAAAGAUGAAUUAAAUCUUUUAUUUUUUAAAAACAUUAAGUUUUCAGGAAACUUAGUUGUAUCUUCUUUUAUUACAUUUUUUUUCCAAUAAAUACAUGCGAUAAUGAUAUUAAUAAUAUAUGUAAUUUUGAAACAAUUUUACAAUACUUAAACAUUAUUCUCUCAUGUCCGAAAACUUGCUUGUUUUGCCAGCAUGUUCAUAUACCAUAUACCUAUUAUAAUUUAAUAUAAUAUAUAGUAUUUCUUAUUAUUAUAUUGUCAAAUGAUUUUCGGAUGAAAAUUUUAAUUUCACGACAGACGAUAAUAAAUCGCGCAAUUGUAUAAAAUAACUAUUAACUAAUCCAAUAUUAUAUCAAAUAUGGUAUAUAAUCAGUGAGAAAUUUUGAAUUCAGAUCGAAUAAUAAAUCGCGAAUAAAUUAAGCUCAUUUUCACAAGAGCUUCUCGCUAAUUCAUUCUUCGUGUUAUAAUAAUUUAAUUAAUUCGACAAAUAAUUUUCAAUGUGUUCGUUCCAGGGUGGGGUUUCCAAUUAUGCUGACAAGUGCUGUGACAAUAACCAUGUACUUAAUGAUCGCUCACGUCAUUUUCGAUUGGAACGGAUAAUGUAAUUAUUACGACCUAUGCUUAAUAUUCUUAUUCGUGAAAAAUAUCUAGAAUUAUUAUUCAAAUUAAAUUUGUCUAAUUGGAUUUUUUCGCAAAUUUGAUAAGCGCUGCAAACUACAAACGCAAUAAUGUAACACUGUAUACAUUUUCUUUGAUUAAUAAAUAAUUGUUUUAUAUUAAUUUUAUUAUAUUUUUUUAUUCAAUUCUAGUAUCUUCAAUUGUAAAAAUAUAUAUUAUGGUACAUGUAGUAUAUUAGUAUGUUUAGUGAAUAAAAUGGUUCCGAUUAUAACACUUUAAUUACAUAAAGAAUAUGAAAUAUAAUUAUAACUAUAAUACAGCAAAUAAAUAUUCUAUACAUUAUGAUGAAUAUAUUAUUAAAUAUAUCCAAAAACAUUUAAAAACUUCUAUUAGAAAAUAUUUAAUUACAUUAAUUGAGUAUAUUAAAUUGUAAAAUAGCCUUUGUAAUAUUUACAGAUACAUCAUCUAUUAUUUCAAGUAAUAAUAAAUCAUUAAAUUUUUAUUUCCUAAAUGAAAAUAGAAUAUUUUUAAUUAUGUUUUAAUAUUUCUUAAUCAUACAGUUUCAUGAUAUUAUUUUAAUAUAAAAUUUACGCUUUCUCUAAUUCAACCAGUUCAUGGAUCAUGAAGGAAAAGUUUGAUACAAUAUUUCAGUAUUUAAAUUCUAACAUGAUACCAAUUAGUUAUAUUAAUUAAUGAACGAAUGCAUUUUUAUAUUUUUGCUUCAACUGUUUAUUUUAUUAAUUUUUAUAUAUACAAAUGUGACUUUUCAAUUCGAAGGAUAAAAAUAUAAUAAAUUACAGAAAUUGUAUAAUAAGAUAUUUCUUGUAUUUAAAUUAAAUUAGUCGUAAAUAAACAUAAUUAAGUGUAUUAUAAUAAAUUAUGUCUCAUGAACACGCAUAUAUAUUCUAUUUUAUAUUAUUACUUCUUUAAGUAUAAUUGUUUAAUUUUUCUAUUUUAACUAUAGUUAUAUA